UUCCCUUUUUGUUAAAACCCCCUCUCUCCCUAAAACCCCCACGUCUCAGCUUCACAGGCUCCGCGGCCAAAAAAACCAACAUCCGCCACCAUGACGGCCGCUUUACGCCGGAGCACCAACCUCACCCGCCUGUUACAGAAGAACUCCAUCACCGACCCGAUCGGAGACCCGAAGCUGCUCCAAACCCAAACGCAAACCCACUCCAAAGGCUACCUCCGCUUCCCUCAUGUCUUCCGCAAAGCCAGAGACUACGACCUGUCCCCCUCUGUCUUCUCCUCCGCCUUCUCCUCCGCCAAGUCCUCCGUCGAAGCGCCGUCGGUCUCCAAGCUUGGGUUCGUGGGAUGGUACCUGGGUAUGAUCCAGUCCCGCCCCGUUUUGACCAAGAGUGUCACCGCGGCGCUUAUUUACACCGCCGCCGAUUUGUCCUCCCAGACAUUAGCAAAAUCAUCCCUUUCAGAAUCUUAUGAUCUUGUAAGGACUGCGCGCAUGGCUGGAUAUGGGAUGCUGGUUUUGGGUCCGUCGCUGCAUUUCUGGUUCAAUUUCAUGUCGAAAUCUUACCCAAAACGGGAUAUGUUUUCGACAUUGAAGAAAAUGGCAAUGGGGCAGGUGCUUUUUGGACCUACAAUGACGUUUGCUUUCUUCUCCUUGAAUGCUUGUCUACAAGGUGAAAAUGGUGGAGAAAUUGUUGCCCGCCUACAGCGAGACUUGUUCCCUACAUUGUUAAAUGGCGUUAUGUACUGGCCAAUAUGUGAUUUUAUCACAUUCAGAUUCAUUCCUGUCCAUUUACAGCCAUUAGUGAGCAAUGGAUUUUCGUAUCUGUGGACCAUUUACAUCACGUACAUGGCAGGCCUGGAGAAAGCAGGCACAACGUCCUAGCUGAUUGACUGUAGGCGCCUAUUCUUUUUACUAGUCUCAUCUUCAAGAUUUAGACAUGUCUCAACAAACCCUGCUUGGAAGUUGCUUGUGAUGCCUUACACGGUGAACCUUCUGGAUGCCUUUGCAGAAACGCAGGCAUGACAUCCACGGCCGAACCAUGGUUGAAGCGCAGGCCAUGAAUCUCGCUCUCUUUAUGAAUUCUAGAAUGAGCUACACUAUUUAUGAAUUAGAUUCAUUGGUAAUUACAUUUAGAUCGUGUUUUUCACCAUACGUGUAAAACAUUCAGACAUUAUGUAUUUAUGUUGUUGGGAAACUUUGAGGGUUUUGUAUAAAGCAGUAGGUUGUUGAAGACGGUGGAAGUAUCAAUUACGAGUUUGUUUGGUCUGAAACAAA